AGUGUCUUACAUCAGCUACAUCUGUGUUGCUGCCUGUCUCCCGCUGCAACUGGCGACGUUUGAAUUCAAACGUGUUUGAACCUUGUCGCUUGUAGCGGGUGCGACAGCGGCAGCCAUAGUUCAAACUGUACAGGGUUUUGUGAGGCAGCAGACAACAUGUCGACGGAUUUCGCCGAAAUUUUAAUAGCAGAAGUUAGUAAGAGGCGCUGUUUAUGGGAUAUAAGAGAGAAAAGCUUCUACAAUAGAGUCAUAUGUGACCAAGAAUGGGCGGCUGUGGCCAAUGCAGUGGGCUCAACAAAAGGCGAAGCCAAAAACAAAUGGAAAUCCCUGAGAAACGGUUUCCGAAGAGAACUGAAGAAGAAACCAAUAACAUCAUCAGGUGAUGCAGCUAACGCAUGGAGUAGCAAGUGGUGUUAUUUCCAGGCGUUGAUGUUUCUUAAGGACAUAAUGACACCAAGAGAGACUGGAACAAAUGUGGCACUUGAAUGUCAACAAUCACUGUCAUCAAAUGGUGACAGUGACACUGAAGUGCCAGAAAUUGGUCUUGGUGAAAAAGUCUUUGACGGCCACGUUGAUUGUGUUCUGACUGAGGAGUUCCUGCCCAGCACAGAAGACCAUAACUCUAUGGUUGCCACAUCACCACCUCCGCCGUCACUGACAGGGACAGCGAAGAGAAGACAAUCUGCUAGUUUUGAGAGAGAACUACUUGAAAUGGAAUCGCAAAAGAUCAAAAUUUUGAAGUCACAAGCCAAAUGUGAGGACAGGAAGUUUUUGUUGUCAUUGGUACCUUAUUUUAAGCAAAUUGAACCACUAGAAAAACUAGAAGUAAUGGGGCAAAUAAUUGAUGUACUGAGAAGCAAAAUUUCAAACAAAAAAUAAUACAAACAAGGGCCUUUUUUUGUCUGUAACAUCUUGUAUCCUGCCAUUGUGAUUUCAGUGAUUCAAGGCUGUGGAUAGCAACUACCAGUACAGUUUUUAUUAGUGACAUGUAUCUGCUUUAAUUGAGUGAUUAAUUUAUACCACUUACCAUAAUGGUCCUUUUGUUUGCAUUUUCAUAGAUUUGUUCAAGCUCCUAUUAGAAAGCAUCCUCAGAAUUUUGUUAUGCGCUGUUGAAACAACGAGACACAGAUCAAGAUUUAUAUAACUUAGGUUCAAGUAGUGCAGUGCAUUGUGGAUAGAUUAAAUCUGUUAAGUAAACUGAUCUGCAGGGAGGCCAUUUGUGAUGUGGCAAAAAGGUUGUGGGAAUUUGUACAUGAGUAUAUUGGGAUAACUGUUUGUACAUUUCAAGAACAAUGAAUGUUUCUGUACUGAGGCCAGAUAUUUGUACUAGAGGAUUGCAGUUUUAUGUAACCGGAGCAGGGAAUAUGCCACAUUUUGGAUAUUGUUUGAAACGUAGUCGGUUUGUUGGUCUGCAGUGAGACAAACAGCUGGUGGUUUUCUGUCAUUCAUCAUGUUCCAUAGAUUACAUCAGGGAGGAGAACCUUCAGGAAUGUGGAGCAAAUCAAGAUAUACACUGCUGUUGGUACAUGCACUGCCUGUACAAGCAUCUUUAUUCCAUUUCUUAUUUCUGGGUUCUGUGUUUAUAGCCACUGCAUUACACUGAGCUUUUCUCUCCCCACAAGAUACUUUAGUGCCAGGAGUUAUCCAGUGUUUAUCUUUCUGUUCAGUAUUGCCCUUGUUUUAUUGUUAAAAAACGAGAUUGGGGUUGUUCCCGGAAUAUAUUUAAGAAAGAGUUAAAGUUACCAUUAACAUGUUUUAUAAAUUUCCCCGCUACAUUAUUUACAUAACUUCUCUCUAUGGUGAUAGUCAUUGUUAAUGGUACUGCGAUAUAACAAUUUUGGUAUGUGGUGUUUAAAGCUUUCCCGGCGUACUGAUUGUUCCAUAAAAACACGGGAGAACUGCCA